AUGUCAUUCUCGAGAACUUCCAACAAACCCACAAAAAAGGAGUUCCUGAAGGGGGGGCACGUGCCCCCUGUGGCCCCCCCUGGCUACGCCCCUGGAUGCGUACGAUGUGACUUCAAACCCACGGACGUGCAGCGUGACUCCUUCAGACACAGAAACGUGCAGUGUAACGCCUUCAGAGACAGGGAGAUGCAGUGUUACCCUUCAAUCACAGAGGUGUACAAGGAACAUGGGAACGUGGACUAUGAAGCCUCCAAACACGGGGAAGAGCAACGUGACGCCUUCAAACACAGGGAAGAGCAAUGUGACGCCUUCAAACACAGGGAAGAGCAAUGUGACGCCAUCAAACACAGGGAAGAGCAAUGUGACGUCUUCAAACACAGGGAAGAGCAACGUGACGCCUUCAAACACAGGGAAGAGCAAUGUGACGCCAUCAAACACAGGGAAGAGCAAUGUGACGUCUUCAAACACAGGGAAGAGCAACGUGACGCCUUCAAACACAGGGAAGAGGAAGAGCAACGUGACGCCUUCAAACACAGGGAAGAGCAAUGUGACGUCUUCAAACACAAGAAAGAGCAAUGUGACGCCAUCAAACACAGGGAAGAGCAAUGUGAAGUCUUCAAACACAGGGAAGAGCAACGUGACGCCUUCAAACACAGGGAAGAGCAACGUGACGCCUUCAAACACAGGGAAGAGCAAUGUGACGCCAUCAAACACAGGGAAGAGCAAUGUGACGUCUUCAAACACAGGGAAGAGCAACGUGACGCCUUCAAACACAGGGAAGAGGAAGAGCCAUGUGACGCCUUCAAAAACAGGGAAGAGCAACUUGACGCCUUCAAACACAGGGAAGAGGAACGUGACGCCUUCAAACACAUGGAAGAGCAAUGUGACGCCUUCAGACACAGGGAGGAGCAACGUGACGCAUUCAAACACAGGGAAGACGAAUGUGACGCCUUCAAACACAGGGAAGAGGAACGUGACGCCUUCAAACACAGGAAAGACGAAUGUGACGCCUUCACACACAGGGAAUAG